UUUCUUUUACACACUCAGGCUAUAUAAAGUCCAGCUAGGACUGGGAGCAGAGGCUUGAGGAACACCUGAGAGGCAGCCUCCAGUCUGGGAGAAUGAAGCAGUUGGGAACAUGAGCAGCAGCGUGUGAAAUUGACGCUCUCUGCGAAUGAUCAAGGUUCAGGCCCUGGCAAGACCGUGAACGUUUGGCCAGCUUGAUUCAGCCACCUGGCAAAAGCAAUGGUGAUGAGGGCCUUUGUCCUGUUGGCUGUAUUCGCAGAAGCCUCUGCAAGAUCUUGCACUCCAAAUAAAGCAGAUGUCAUUCUCGUGUUUUGCUAUCCCAAAACAAUCAUCACUAAAAUCCCCGAGUGCCCCUAUGGAUGGGAAGUGCACCAGCUGGCACUUGGCGGGCUGUGUUACAAUGGGGUCCAUGAAGCAGGCUACUACCAAUUCGUAAUCCCAGAUUUGUCACCUAAAAACAAAUCCUAUUGUGGAACCCAGUCUGAGUAUAAGCCCCCCAUCUACCACUUCUACAGUCACAUCGUCUCCAACGACAGCACCGUGAUCGUCAAGAACCAGCCCGUGAACUACUCCUUUUCCUGCACCUAUCACUCCACCUACCUGGUGGACCAGGCUGCCUUUGACCAGAGUCCUUAUGCAAAAUUCUCUCCCCUUUUCAGAGUGGCCACUGUUCAUGUGAAGAACGGGAGCAUGGGCACGUUUGAAAGCCAAUUGUCUCUCAACUUCUAUACUAAUGCCAAGUUCUCCAUUAAGAAAGAAGCGCCUUUUAUCCUGGAGACAUCCGAAAUCGGUUCAGAUCUGUUUGCAGGAGUAGAAGCCAAAGGGUUAAGCAUUAGGUUUAAAGUGGUUUUGAACAGCUGUUGGGCCACACCCUCGGCUGACUUCAUGUAUCCUUUGCAGUGGCAGCUGAUCAACAAGGGCUGCCCCACGGAUGAAACAGUCCUUGUGCAUGAGAACGGGAAAGACCACAGGGCAACCUUCCAAUUCAAUGCCUUCCGGUUCCAGAACAUCCCCAAACUAUCCAAGGUGUGGUUACACUGCGAAACGUUCAUCUGUGACAGUGAGAAGCUCUCCUGCCCCGUGGUGUGUGCUGAGGACAUUCUGGAGGAAAGGAUGCUGAGGGUGGGAGCAGAUGUCCCAGGCGGUUCUGCCCCGCCACCAACAAGACUUGUGACAAGCGGAAACGCCUCCUCCGGGACCAGACUGGGGGCGUGCUGGUGGUGGAGCUCUCCCUCCGUAGCAGGGGAUCCUCUGGUCUCUAUAGCUUCUCAGAUGUCCUCUAUCACCUCAUCGUGAUGCUGGGGGUUUGCACUGUGUUAUAAGGGAGAGCUGGGCAGGCAGAUGCAGCUCCUCCACCAAGACCAUCUCCUCUGUCAAUGACAAACCACAUAUAUUGUGCUGCCAAAAAGAACAAACAAGACCAUAUCACUGGGGAGCAGAGAAUAGCGCUUUGCCAAAUAUGUGUUCCGGUGAUCUUUGCGAAUUUCAGUGAUCGUUUUUUCUUUGGUGCCCCACUUCCUCCUGUGACUUCCUGUGGCUCUUAGGUUCUGCUGUUUCUCCCCUGCAGCUGGUGGGGAAGUCUCCUUUCCCCAGAUUCAAGUCGGGGCUGCAGUGGACUCCUUUGAAAGUUAUUCUGAUUUGAAAAGAGUAGCAACCAAGCACAGCUGAACAUUUUGAGGAGACGGUAGAGAAUAAGCACAAAGUCAGCACUGGGGACAGAAUGCACAGAACAGCCAAGUCUGCCCAAGGGGCCUUUGUCAUCCAGGCUGUGCAAUUCCUAUCUAAGGACCAGGGUUGAGCCACUAGGCAGGGGUUCUAAUCUUUGAAGUGAUGAUGUGGAAAUCAGAGCAGAAACGUUUAUUUUGCUCCAAACUGAACAGUAUGAAGGAAAAUGCUUCUUGAGAAAUCCCCAUGAGUGCUAACCUAAUUUUUUUUUUACUACAAAGUUUUAAAAUAUGUAUAGACAUUAUGUAGGUAGACACUCACUAUGUUUAUAGCUGAUAUAGACUUCUAAGAUGAGAAGCAAAUAACAAGUUGAAUAGGGCUCAAGCUGCAGAAGGAAUAAAACAUUAGCAUUCAUUUCACGUGAUAAUACAGCAUUGCCUAAACGAAACUGCUGCUUGCAACAUGCCUCAGAGGGACUACCGUGACAGGUUCUCUGCAGCUUGGCAAUCCCAUCCUGCUGUGCCUUGUGAUGCCCACGGCUCUCACUAUUUUUAUUCACUCUGCUAAGAAAUCUUGAUUCAGAGAGUGGUCUGACCUCAUUUAGCCUUGACUGCGACAUUCAAGCCCAUAUCUGUUUUUCUCUCACUAACCUGUAUCGUUCAAACGGAACCAACAAAACAUCGGAAACAUAAAUGCAAAGAAAAUGAAAACAAAUGGCCAGUGAAACCGGGUGGUGUCGAUGCUGAGAGCACUGCCACUCCAGUCACCCAGAAAAUGGUGAGAGGAAUGACUUACACAAACAAAGAAAAGCGGAAAGAAGUUGUCCUGGUAGAGAAUCGGCAGAUCCCAGAAAAUAUAUUGAGGACCCCAGUUUGAGGCUAGCAGCUGGGAUGUCAUUGGAAAAGCCUGAGCUUUAAAUUCUGUUCUUUGUCUUGUAUAGAUUUGGGCUUAUUGUUGGAAAACAUGUCAGCUUGUAUCUCUGCAUUUAAUAUAUUUGAGAAGUUUUAAGAUCUGUAGUUUGGUGCUUUUAAAUGGUGUUAAUGAACUCAGAAAUUAAGCUAAUUCUAAAAUCUCUGGAGACACAGAGUGCGUGUUUAGCAAUAGGUUACAUUAAAAUAAGUCGAUAUGGUCAAACUGGUCUCAAAGCUGGUACUCCAACCAUUUGGGAUCUCUUCUUCCUAUAAAUUCAGAAUUUUUGUAGCUAGCUUUUACUUCAAAAGGACAGACGAUAUAUUUUAUCAGUUCUAGUCAAAAACUCUUUAAUAGCAUGCUCACAGGCAUAAUCACAAAUCCUUGGCUGUCAGAGUAAAACAAUGUUGUGGUAGUUUUGCUUUGUUUUAUCAUAAUGUUUAAUGAUCUUGUAUCUCUUUGUGGUGCUACGGAAUAAAUAAAAUGUCUUAAAGUAAAUAA